AUGAGCGCCCCCAUCGAUGACCUGCUCUUCGGCGGCGACGACUCCGGGGACGAGGACGACAUGAACACCUCCAUGCCCGCCAUGCGCUCGUACAGCGGCGUCCCGCUCGCGGCGGCGGCCGUAGCGCCCCCGGGGGGUCUAUUGGCGCCCGCCUCAAUAGUGCCCCCUGGGGCCAAGCCCCUCACGCCCUCGGGCGCCACGCCCAUCCGCCCACAGCCGCAGCCACUGGCGCCUUCGCCCGCCCCCGCUGCGUCGCCCCCCGCCGCGCUGCCCCAGACCAAGCAGGCGCCCGGCUCGGGGCAGCAAAUGUUCCAGCAAAUGUUCGCGCUGCUGAAGCAGAUGCUGCCCGUGGAGCAGUACGCCACGCUGCACUCGGAGAUGCGCAAGGGCAACGGCAACGACAUCAAGUCCAUCGUGGACAUCAUCAAGCGGAUCGCGGGCGACGCCAUCUUCUCCAGUGUCAUCCAGAAGAUGGACCUUACGAGGACCUUCCCCACUACCAACGCACCGGGUGCCUUUAAUGCUGUCAAGCCCGAGCCUGGAGUUGCUGGAGUUCCAGCGCCCACUGUUGCGUCGCCGGCGUCGUUGGGUAGACCGCUGGCCGCGAGAACCGCCGGGAUGGCGGUGCCGACGACCACUACGGCGUCGCCGAAGAAGACCAUGCCUACUGCUAUUGCGCCCAACACGCGGCCGAUUGCUGCUGCCCCGCCGACUCUGGCAGCCGCGCCGGUGGCGAUGCCAGCGUCUAUUGCUGCUCAGGUUGCGAGACCGACGGCGAUUCAGCCGCCGCCUGGGACGGUCAGCACCCCGCCGGCCAAGGCUGCGGUUGGUGUGAAGCCGGAGCCGGCCUCUACUACUGCUACGUCAGUGGGAGCCACGUCGACGACUGCUACUACUUCUUCACCCAGCGCCGCUUCUGCUGUUUCCCAGUCCAGGAACGAAGCUCUGGAGAAGAUCAUGUUCGCGAAGCGGCUAUUGUCUCACGCUGCUACGUGCUCGUUGACUCACGGCGUCUGCCAGGUUAAGAAGUGCGACGACGUCCGCCGCGUGUUCAAGCACAGCUUGUCUUGUGGAGGUGCGAAUGGCUGCUCACAUUGCGAGCAGCUGAAGGGACUGGUGAAGUACCACGCCAAGGAAUGCGCUGUUGGUAUUACCGAUCACUGCUCGAUCCCGUUCUGUGACGGCUUGCGGCGCACAUACGCUCAGAACCAGGCUACGUUGGCGGCGAAGGCGAAGGCAGCUCAAGCGGCUGGACGAAAACUCAGCGGUAUGGGGAGUGACGAUGAUGAUGACAAUACGCCGCUGUCCUCUGCUGUGAAUAAGGCCAAGAAAAAUGCCAAGGCCAAGUCUCCCAAGAGCACGCCUACUCGAGCGCCGGUCGCCCACCCGCUGAAGCGCAAGAUAUCCAACGCAUCGCUUCCGAGAACAAAUUCUCCUGGGCCAUCGUCGACGGUGUCAACACCUGUGGCGGCUGCACAGACUGCAACGUCCACCCCAGCCAAGCCGCAGCAGAAGAACGUGACCGCCAAUAUGACACAGGAGUAUGGACGCCUGCUGCAGCUGAUUCUUCACGUGGAGAAGUGUACAACCAGCGCAUGUCCUGUUGGCGAAGAGUGUGCGGAGUCAAAGUCGAUCAUGAAGCAGAUAAACUCUCCGAAUCCCCCGCAGGCCCGCGCUAAAACUUACAAGCAAGUGUACGGACACUACAAGACGUGUGUGGCGAAGAAUAACACGGCCAACUGCCCCAUGUGCAAGAUUGGACUAUUGCCGAUUCUGCCCGCAGCUAGCCCAACACCGUCACCCCACACACAGGUCCUUAAGGCUGGGGUACCCGCAGUGAAUACGACGCCAGGAUCGGCCGUAACCUCUUCGCCGUCCGGUGGGUUGAACAAGCGGAGCAGCAGUGCUGUGUCGCCUACACCGCGCUCUCCUUUGAAGAAGCCGCGUACCAAUUCUACAAGCCGAGGCAAGGCUACGGCUGCAGAGGUGGCAGCUCAGAGCGCUGCUGCAUCCGAGCUGGUCAGUCAAGAACUUGCCCAGGCUAGUGUUGCAGAUAUUCGCAAGGAGGCGGAUGUGCUUACGCACACAAACAUUGAGCUGGGCACGGAACGGCGGAUCAUGAUGGAGGGAGGUGUGCGACGCGUGCGCAUGGCGGAGCAGUUGCCAUGCCAGAAAGAAGAGUGGGUGGAGAAAGACUUAUUUAAUUCGGAGAAACUGCGCACCCAGAUGCGCGAGGUCGGCCGGCGGUCAGGUGUCGAGCUUGGAGUCCAAACAAGCGAAGUGAUGGCUUACGCUCUCCACGAGUAUCUCAAGCAGGUGAUCGAGGAGAUGGUGGAAAUUUCCAAGCAGCGUGGUGACUCGUACGCGCACUCGCUUGAGGCGUUGCAGAAGGCGCAGAGGGUAAGAGCGAUGAUGGACGGCCGGCCCGGAAACCACAUGGAGCUCACCGCGACAGAUAUUUUGCGCGUAAGUUGUGAGGACUCGUUUGCCAAAUUGCGGCAGGAGGACUUGGCACUGCGAUCACAGUUACUGGAGGAUGCGAAGCGUGAAGAGCAGAUCGAGAAAGAGCGCGCCAAGAAGCGCAAGAAGGUGGAUCGCAGCAAACUUAACCAGGAUGAGCGUGACGAGGCCGAGAUGGACAUCGAGGAGCUGGCUGUCAAGGACCUGAAGGAGCGUCUGCUGCAGCAAGACAAGGGCGGCGUGGUGAAGGUGGACGGCCGAGUCAACGAGAGCAUCUCGACGAAGUAUGCGCCGCGGGAGGCUGACAGCCAGGUGACCAUGGACGACGCCACCUACUGGCUGCAGAGCCAGAAGCCGUACAUCCGCCCGAAGCUCUUCGUGCGUGCAGAAGCUGCGCGUAUCGUGACCAAGUCGCUUAUCUGA